AUGGCCGUGAAGGGAAAGAGCGAGGCCUCCGCGCCUGUCAAGCGGAAGCUGCGCCGCAUCGCUUCGCCAACCCCGUCGCCAUCGCCGCCGCCCUCUACUCGUCCUCAGGACAGUCUUCUCUCUCUCCCCUCACCUGCUCCUGCCUUCCCCUCACCUGAACGUCCCCCCUCACCCCCUCCCUCGCCCACUCGCCCCCUCGAGGCAGCCACCAGUGCCCUCGACGGAUUCUCCGAGGACGCCGCAGCCGCCAUCCUCGCCACCCUUCCCCGCUCGUCGUCCGCGGUCCGGACAAACGACCAGGCAUUCAACCCGGAGGAGAACCUCGUUCGUCUCUACAUUGCCGCCGCGCGCCUUGGCUACAGCCUCAUCAAUGUCCCGGGGGACGGAGACUGCGCACUACAUGCAGUAGUGCACGGUCUCCGGCCUUUCGGCGCGGACGUAGAUGUCACGUCGUUGCGCGCCGCGCUCAUCGAGACUGCCAGCACCGACGAUCACCUGGUGGCCGCCGCUAUCUCCGCAGGAGCCUUUGUCGACAACACCGAUCUGUCGGCCCUCGCGACUGCUAUUGAGCGCCCCGUCCAUGUAUUCACGCCCUCGUCGCAUCGCGUCGCCAUCUACGCACCCUCCAACUCCGUCCCCAACAUUGGCGCGCCGGUGCACGUCGCACUCAACCCUGAGCUGUUCCGACGAGACGAUCAGGGCAACGAUAUCCCGACGUCGCCCGGCCACUACUUUGCGGCCGUGGCAGGCGGAGCGCUCGACGUCCCGUCCCGCGUCACGGAGGUCGCUGAGCGCAUGCUGCCGCGUCUGCUGUCCGAGCACGACCAGCGCGUGGCCGAAAUGCCCGCCCUGAUCGACAGCGCUGAGAGUGCGACCGUCUGCGUCGAGCUCGAGGAGAACGGCAAGCGUCUCGCUCGGAGCGUCGUCAUCGUCGCGGGACUCGAGCGUGGCGUCUCGCCCGAGCUCGCUGGUGCGGGUAAGGUCGGUUUUGCCAAUGUGGGCGCUCCCGGAGGUGGACACACCGGGCACGGUGUUGCUGAAAGACGUGUCGCGGCAGCUGCUGACUCGGCUGGAGCCGCUGGCGAAAGGGGCGGGGGGCUCGCCGGCGCGAGUGGGCCCCCGGGCGCGCCAAGUAUCGGAGGAAGUGCCAUCGGCAGGCACCCUGUGGUAGUUGAUACCACCGACGUGGAGAGGUGUGCGGCGGUGCAAGCGGCACUGUUACUCGGCGGUGGGGCCGCAGCAGAGAGGAGCAACGUCCCAACUGGAGGACGCUCUACAGAGCGGGCAGCGAAGACGGCGCCAAAGGCAAGUCCAGAUGCCUUCUCGUGUCCCCAUUGCGACCAGGUCUUCGGCAGUGUUCAGGGUAUGCGCGAUCACGUCAAAUUUCACGAGGGAUACAAGCGCACCGCCUUUACGCGCCACAAUCAGAUCGAGCACCCCAAGGAGAUGACCCUCGAUCUGCUUAAUUCUCUGCCCGGCCAACCUGCUGACCCAUGUUCUCUAUGGUUUCACGUGCCGUCCUUCAAACUCUCAGCCGCACCGACUUCACCGCCGAUGAGUGGCUGCGCAAGCACGUGCGGCGAUGCGAGGUCAAAGUAUGCAAGCGAGGCGGCCGGUGAGCUCAGGUGGUCUACCUUCACUGACGUCAGGCUGCCGCGCUGGUGGAGGGAAGACGAGGGCGACGACGAGAUGGAUGCUCGCUGGGAUAGAUGGCAGGCGAGCGAUGGCGAUAGCGAGGCGGAGGGAGAUGGUGCCAGGGCGAGCGAUGACGACGACGACGACGACGACGACGAUGACCAGGCAUUCAACCCGGAGGAGAACCUCGUUCGUCUCUACGUUGCCGCCGCGCGCCUUGGCUACAAUCUGGUUGACGUGCCGGGAGAUGGCAACUGUGCACUCCACGCAGCAGUGCACGGUCUCCGGCCCUUCGGCGUGGAUGCAGAUGUCCCGUCGUUGCGCGCCGCGCUCGUCGAGGCCGCUCGCUGUGACGAAGAGUUCCGUGACAACGCUCUCUCCCUCCAAGAAGAGGCUGAACUCGAUGAGUGGAUUGUGAAGAUGAGCCACAUGGAAGAGUACGUCGACCACAUGGGCCUUGCUGCUCUCGCGACCGCGCUCGCCCGUCCGAUCGUCGUCUUCUCCCCAUCCUCCGCCAGAGUGGCGACCCACACGCCAUCCCACGUCCCCAACAUGGGCGAUCCCGUCUUCCUCGCCCUUAAGCCCCAAUCGUUUCGCCGCGAUCUGGAAGGUAACGAGCGCCGAGCUCCCGGUCCCCCCCACAUCCAGGCUCGGGCCCGCGUCAUGCUUCCCAAUCUACUCGCGGAGCAUGACCGACGAGUCGCCAACCUCCCUGCACUUAUCGCCAACGCAGAGAGCAUCUCGGUCCGGGACGAGCUCGAGGCGAACGGCAAGCGUCUCGCGCGCAGUCUCGUCGUCGUCGUCGCGGGACUCGAGCGUGGCGUCCCGCCCGAGCUCGCUGGUAAGGGUAACCUCGGGAUUGCGACGGUGAGCGUUCAGGGCGGGCACGGCACGCAGAGCGGUGUCGCUGGCUUCGGUGAGCGUACGUCUGCUCAGGAUCUCAGCUCCGUUGCCGGAAGGGACGGCGUGGCUGGUCUCGGUGAUGGGCGUGCCGCUGGCGUCGACCAAGCGGGCGCGCGAGCCGCUGUUGGAGAUCAGGCCGUUGCGUACGUCGAUGGGCGUGACGGGACGUCGGGAGCGCGAAUCAUCAUUGGCGGCCUCGCGAUCAGGCCGGAAGUUAUGGACGUCUCGCUGGAGGGCGGGCCCCUCCUUCCAGUGACAGACGAUUGGCAGGUGGAGAGUUUCGAGACCGCCCUCGAAGCGCUCACCAUCAGCGACUCCGAUAAAUCCAAGGAAAAGCGCAAGAAGCCAUCCGACCACAAUGGCAAACAUCUUUGUCCGCAUUGCGACCAGGACUUCGCCAGCACGCAAGGGCUCCGCGACCAUGUCAAAUCUCAUCUCGGCUACGUUUAUGCAUGCAAUCAUUGCCCGCGCUCCUACACCGAUAGGACGACAUUCACACGACACAUGCAGCUCGAGCACCCCAAGGAGACCUCUCUCGGCCUGCAUUACUUGCGCUUACUCCAGGUUGUGAAGCGUGCUAUCAGGAUUUUAGCACAGCGGCAUGGCUGGAGAUCCACCUCCGGAAAUGCGCCGCCAAGGUCCGCAAGCGAGGAGGACGGUAAGUCCAGGUGGCCUGCUUUCACUAACGUCAGCUUCCCGAGCUGGUGGCGGGAAGACGAGGACAGCGAUGCGGCCGAUGCGCGCUGGGAGCGGUGGCAAGUCAGCGAUGGCGAGACAGAGGCCGAGGGAGACGUCGCGAUGGCCAGCGAUGACGGGGACACAGACAGCUCGGCCGACGACGAAGUUACAGGUAGUGACGACAGCGACAGCGACUCGGGCACUGAGGCACAAGUGCAGCGUGAGAAGGUGCUUCUCGAGCUAUCGCCAGCGCGGAAAUCUCGUCACCCACAUGCGGAAGCGCCACCCGGACGUCCCGCCCCCAGCUACGGCGUACCAAAAGAGGGGUGCGAGAUCCCAGGUUGUGCGCUUGCGUACACGCUGUCCGAGAACUUGCAGAAGCACAUCGCCAAGAAGCAUCCGGGCGUCAUCUCCUACAACUGUGAGGAUGCAUCUGGCUUUGAUGACUGA